CCAUCAAAUGUGAUCUGAUCUUUGUCAAAAUCACACAGAUGAAAAAACUGUCUGCUUUAACUAAAACCGCCCAAACAUUUAGUUUUUCAUAUUUUAAUGAGGAUAGUAUGCAAACAAUGACAGAGGGUGGAAAAAAGUAAGUCAACCAUCACAUUUAAUAUUUUGUGCCCCCUCUUUUGGCAGCAAUAACUUCAACCAGACACUUCCCGUAGCUGCAGAUCAGACCGGCACAUCGGUCAGGACUAAUCUUGGCCAAUUCUUCUCGACAAAACUGCUGUAGCUCAGUCAGAUUCCUGGGAUGUCUGGCAUAAAUUGCUGUCUUUAGGUCAUGCCACAGCAUUUCAAUGGGUUUCACAUCUGGACUUUUGACUUGGACACUCCAGAAUGCGUAUUUGUUGUUCUGAAACCAUUCUGAAGUUGAUUCACUUCUGUGUUUUGGAUCAUUGUCUUGUUGCAGCAUCCAUCCUCUUUUAAGCUUCAACUCUCUGACAGUCGGCCUCAGGUUUUCCUGCAAAACAUCCUGAUAAACUUUUGAGUUCAUUCUUCCAUUAAUGAUUGCAAGCUGUCCAGGCCCUGAGGCAGGAAAACAGCCCCAAAUCAUGAUGCUCCCUCCACCGUGCUUCACAGGGUGGAUUAGGUUUUUGAUGUGAGUUAGCUGUUCCAUUUUUCCUCCACACAUGACGUUGUGUGUUACUCUCAAACAAUUCAACUUUGGUUUCAUCUGUCCUCAAAAUAUUUUGCCAAAGCUUCUGUGGAGUGUCCAAGUGCCUUUUUGUGAACAUUAAACGAGCAACAAUGUUUUUUUAGACAGUAGUGGCUUCCUCCGCGGAGUCCUCCCAUGAACACCAUCUUGGCCAUAGUUUUACAUAUAGUUGAUGUGUGUACAGAUAUAUUGGACUGUACCAGUGAUUUCUGUAAGUCUUUAGCAGACACUCUAGGGUUCUGUUUUUUACCUCUCCGAGUAUUCUGCGAUGAACUCUUGGUGUCAUCUUUGGUGGACGCCACUUCUUGGGAGAGAAGCAACAGUGCCAAACUCUCCAUUUGUAAACAACUUCUCUGACUAUCGAUUGAUGAACAUCCAGACUUUUUGAGAUGCUUUUUUAUCCUUUCCCAGCUUUAUACAAAUCAAAAAUCCUUGAUCGUCGGUCUUCGGAAGGCUCUUCUGACCAAGCCAUGAUGCACAUCAGACAAUGCUUCUCAUCAAGACAAUUCUUACCAGGCAAAACACCAUGGAGAUGAACCAAGUAGUUUGAAAAGGAACCCUACACAACAGAAUUAGAAGAUUUCCCGAACCGAACGGUGUCAUGGACCAGCGAAAGCAGCACAAAGUGGAGCGUUUUCUCAAGCUGGGCUACUCCCACGAAGAUAUCGAUAGGGUCCUCAAGAGCCUCAACCAUGACGCCCAGACCAACGACAUUUUAGAAGAGCUAAUCAAGACCUGCCACAUUCCAAGUGGCACAAGCAGCCCUAAAUUGGUAUCAAGAGGCUGCAGCCCCAGGCCGACCAGACCACUACCAGACAAAGAAACCGCUUUGGCUUUCAGACCAGUUGUCAUAGAUGGGAGCAAUGUUGCCAUGAGUCACGGAGACAAGAAAGUGUUCUCGUGUCAAGGCCUCCAGAUGGCAGUGAACUGGUUUUGGGAGAAAGGACUCCGAGACAUCACUGUUUUUAUUCCCCUAUGGAGGAAGGAGCAGCCACGGCCCGAGGCCCCUAUUACAGAUCAGCACAUUCUCCAUGAGCUGGAAAGGAGGAAGGUCUUGGUGUACACACCAUCUCGUUGCGUGAACGGCAAGAGGGUGGUGUGCUACGACGACCGCUACAUCGUUAGGCUCGCUUAUGACGUAGACGGAAUCAUCGUCUCCAACGACAACUACCGUGACCUUCAGACGGAGAAUGCCCAAUGGAAGAAAUUCAUCGAGGAGAGGCUGCUGAUGUACACCUUUGCCAAUGACAAAUUCAUGCCUCCUGAUGAUCCUUUGGGAAGAAGCGGUCCCACCAUUGAUGAUUUCCUACGAAAGAAACCAAAGAAUUUUGACAACAAACAGCAACACUGUCCUUACGGAAAAAAGUGUACAUAUGGCGUUAAGUGCAAGUUCUUCCAUCCGGAAAGGACCAACCAGUCACAGCUGUCCGUGGCCGAUGAGCUCAGAGACAGAGCCAAGACGUCGGGGUACAAACCUAGCACGCAAAACACACAGGCAUACACCCCCUCUACCAAGGCAGAUGAGCCUCUGCACAGUGACCACUUCAUCAAUCAAAGAGACGUUAGCGGCCUCAGAAACCCGCUGGGCCUUCUACCCUGGACAACGACUGAAGCGGAAGACGCGUUCAGCUCGCUGGACAGCGGCAUAUCUAAACUUUCUAUUCAGGAUGGGUCCUACAGCAUGAGCAGGCCCCCCUACAGUUACAGCAGCGGGGUAGGCAGCUUUAUCCCGAGUCACGACGACUUCUCCCUCUCGGGGUCACAUGGCGUCGCCAACCAAAUGUGGUCUGAAGGACCAUACUACUUCCCUCCAAAUAGCAGCGAGGGAUCUCCGUGCGCCAACUGUAUAUGUUGUCACCAUCAAUUUCCCCACAGCGCUCACCACGCUGCGUGGAGUUCAUGCCCAGCCAUGCCUCUACAUCAGCAGCAACAUCCUUCACAUUUUUCAGAAACGCAAUAUUUCAGACAACCCGUACACAAGCAAAGUCAAAGCCUGCCUGGAGACCCGCGGGUGCGCGGCAAUCACUUCAGCAGUCCAUCCAGCGAGCUACGGAAGGAGAUGAGGAGCCAGCUGACCACACUGUUUCCAAAGGACAUUGUUGAAGGAGUCAUGAACGCUUUCCCGCACGUGUCGGACAUGUCAGAAUUGAUCUCGCUCAUCCAGAGCUACAGGAGCAGCCACAUUGCUGUCUGAUUCUUGAAGCAAAUUACUUUAGCCUACUGAAAAAUGUCGUCAGGGUCUCCGAUUUAUUCAUUUGCUUCUAAUGACGUCAAUAGUCAAAUUUGAUUCCAGCCUCCAAAGCAGAACAAUUCAAUUUCGGGCAUUGCUCAGCGAACGCUCUCGCUCCGAUGACGUCAGCACUCGCACACGUCACUUUUGGCACGCGCAAUCGCUACUAGUAAACAUUCAAAACAGCAAACAUGGCAGAACAUUGGCUUUAAUUUCCUGUAUUUUGUGACUUUUGAAGCAAAAGAAAAAAACGCGGCUUCGAGUGGGCGGGUAUGUUGUCUUCCGAAGAAGAGUAGGGCUGCAGAAAUCGAUUAUUUUAGUAGUCAAUUAAUGUAUCAACUAGUUGGUUCGAAUAAUCAAGUCAUUGGAUUAGGAACAUUUAAUAUAUUGCAGAAUAAUUUUUAGGACAUGUAAAACAAAUGGUCACUAAGAUUGCACUUUCAAAAGAGCAUGAAAUGCAAAUUAAAAAAAACAAAAUUCCCGAGUGUUUCUUCAAAUUAUGCAGAAUUUCAUUUUCAUUUAAAAAUAAAAUACCUGAGUUUGGCCUCAAAUGGUAUAAAAAAAUAAAUGGAGUAUCUAUGUACAACAGGAGAACAAUUGGGUAACUUGCAUUGCAAAAUUCUACAAUUCUAUAGAAGGCUAACAUUUUUUUUGACAAUACUCUUUAAGAGUUCAAACACAUAUUCCCCACAAAAAAAAAUGACUAAAUAUACUUGUGAACUAAAUUACGAAUACGUAAAAAAACAUUAGCUCAAACAAAAACUUACCUUAUGUUAGCCUGAACUGGGAGCAGCUGGAUUCAGCUAUGUUAAAUGAGUUCUGUCAUAUUCACUGUUGCCACUAGAGGGCAAUGUAAACAAACUAUUACAAUACCACUCUAAUUUCUCUAAAUACUCAAAGCAGCAAAAUUGGAUUUGAAGCUUUUUUUCUCAUCGUAUUACUCAAGUUAAUGGAUUAAUCGUUGCAGCCCUACUGAGAAGGUUGUUCUCAAGGAAGUGCAUCAUUGGCUGUCGCCUUGUAAAACAGCACUGCUCCCUAGUGGCUGGCAUGAAUACUACAUCGUUCGAAUGGAGAUAGAACCAAGAUGGAACCAUAUAUAGGUAGUCCCUGGGUUACGAAAGAGUUCCGUUCCUACGCUGGCGACGUAACCCGAAUUUCCGCCUGAGUUGGACUGAACUCUUUAAGUACCCCUAAAUCUAAAAAUAACUUUCCAAAAAGUCCAAAGGUAUUUUGUUGAAUGAUGGAGAAUACCCUGCCCCCUGGUGGCAGGACUGUCGCCUUGUAUGACUGAGGAGCAGACUAAGACAUCUGAUAUGGAUAAAGGAUAGCCUUGCUCUGGUUUGGCCCAAAUCAGGCUGUAAAUUGUUUCAGCUGAUAUAUAUUCGUGUAGGCAUUUGUAAAGAGGAGUUUAGAGCUACAGUUUGUUGAGUUACGUGUAAGCGAUUUGCUAUAAGAAUUGUAAAUACGUUAUCCUUCAUAGCAUUUAAACUAGCGGACUUUUGUGAGGGACAUUAGGCUAAUUUAAUCUACUAAAUUUACAUAUUGAUCAGACUAGAUGGACGUUUGAUCGCCAUUUGUUUUAAUGUUAAAAUAUGUGUCAUUUUCUACAUAAGUGUGUGUUACACCUUUACAAACUGUCAGAAAUUAAGGAAUUAAAAAGCACAAUUGCCUUGUUUGCCAUCUGUAAAACUGUACGACUUUACAUUUAGUGAGGACAGAACACGUCAUAUUAAUAAAGUGAAAAAUAAGAUACUGUGAGGUACAAUAAGGUACUGUUUAUGCGACAAAAUAAAUAAAUAAAUAAAUAAAAACGACGCGACAAAAUGGCGGACGAGACUCCAGCAUCGUAAAGGCGAAGUCGCACAAGUACGUCAUAACCCAGGGACCACCUGUAAAUGCAAACAUGAAAUUUGUCGUAUUGUUGGAGCGUCACCAUGUAAACGGCCCCUAAAUGACUAUGUAUUAAAACUAAGAAAAUGUUUAAAAACAAAAAAUGACACCCCUAAGAGCGCUGCUAUUUUGUCACAUCAGUUAAACCCAUGCACAUAAGACUCGAACACAGAUGGGAUGAUGGGUAUUGACAGCAUGCUAGUCUCAUUUGAUUGGCUAAAAUAGUACCAGUAUUAAUCAAAUGUUAGCAGCCACUUCCUGUUUCUUUCUGCCUUGUUUUUCUAUGCUAGAAUUUGAUUGGCUAAAAUCAGGGCUGUCAACAGACUUGCAGGGCCCCAGGGACAAGAGACCAUCAUAGGGCCCCCCCCCCCCCCCCCCCCCUGCCACCGGUUUGUCACGACAACAUACGCAGUACGUUUAACGCUUUGCAAGCAAUGACAGUGUGAAUUUUCAAAUUAUUUGAGAUGGACAGUUAAAUUUAAGAGACCGUAAUGUGAUGUGACACAAUAUAAAAAAAUAAACAAUUUCCAUCUAUUAUCCUAUGUAGGCUACAAUACAUACCAACUGAGAGUGCUAUGCUUUCCAGCUAAGCAACAAAACAGUAUAACUAAACAUCCAGUGCCUGCCCCCUCCACAUCCCUGGGCUUAUCAAGCCCUCAAACAGUGAUGCGCCACAAAAAAAGGAAAAAAUAUCUGUUUGAAAUAUUUAAUAUGUUAAAGUUUUUAUGUAUAUAUUGAGUAGAACAUAAUAUUUAAUCAGGCAAUGAUUUAAAUAAAAAAUAUGUGAAUGUAAAGUAAAAUAAAUUAAGGGUCAUUCAGGGGCCCCUAUGGUCCUGAGGCUCAGGACAACAUACCCGGUUGCCCCCCCUGUCGACGGGCUUGGCUAAAAUAGUACCAUAACUCAUCGACUCUCCACACCAAGGGCGGGCAAUUCCUUGGAAACAUGUACUUUUAUUACCGAUUUUCUCCCCUAUUACACAUCAUUUUUCAUUUUAUUAAAUCUUUCUGCUGGGAUUCACAUGAUAAAGGUGUUGUAUAGCCCUUUAAGAUGGUUUUAAUAUAUGUCCAUGUCAAUGAAUGAUAAUGUCCCAAAAGGAAACAUGAUCCUGUUUCUAAAGCUCAAUUUCACUUAAAAUGUUUGCAUAUUAAUACCAACUAAUAUUUAGAAUUUGUAUCAUAUGGUUGAAAGAGACCUUUAGUUGUGAUGUAUCAUGUAACAUGAGCAAAACCUUUUUCUUGGCUCUUUCCAAUGUGUAAAUGUGCAAUGCACUGUGGUCUUAACAAGCUAGCAAUGAAUUUUUAAAUUGAAGCAGCAAGUGUUGUUUUCUCAUGUUUCCUCAAAGUGAGGAAGGUUAUGUGUAUAAUACUGUUUUGGUACU